AUAAUUUUAAAGAAUGAAUAAGCCUCCAUAAGGUCAAAAUGACAAUUUAUCAGACAAUGGUAGUGUGAAUAAGAUUAGUGAUAAACAGAAGAUUAGUACUUUAAAAAAAGCUGUCAUUGAUCUAAGAGAAGAAAAAGCAUAAUUAUUAAAGACAAUAUAGGAUUUAACAUAGAAGAAUAUAAAUUUAAAUUAGGAAAAGUUAGAUUUAGUAAAAUAGUUAAUUUAUAAUUUAGGAAGAAAAAUAUAAUUCCAUGAUUAGAGAUUUAUAAUAAUAAAUUUAAACUCUCAACACUAACCAAGAAAAAUAAAGAAAUACUCUUGUUAAUUCAAUCGGAUCAUCUCGAUUAACUUUAUAAAAUGAUCAAUUAAAUAAUAACAGCAAUUACACAAAAUAAAUUAAAUAACUUUAACAGUAAAGUUCAUAUUUAUAAUUAGAGAAUUAAAAUAGAAAACAGAUGAUAAUGAAGCCCAACUAUAAAUACUUUAGACAGGUUAUAAAGAAUUAGAAAGAGAUUUAAAAUCAAAAGAUUAUUAGAUUGAUAAACUUACUAAAGAAGUUGAAGAUAAGAAUGCUUUAAUUAUUUAAUUAAGAAAGAAUAUAGAGGAUAUUGAAAAAGAUUUAUAUAAUAAAAUUAAAGACUUAAAUGCAGAACGCAUGUAAUUAUAGUUAAAAUUGAAAACAAUUGAAAAGGAAGUUUAGUUAAAAGAUGAAGAGACAAGAGUAAUAUAAAAAGGGUUAGAUGAUUCCAGAUUUAGAGUUGCUUAGAUAUUGAGUGAAUUGGAGGAAACAAGAGGAAAAUUCUUACAAUAUAAACUUACACUUAGUAAUUAAUUCUUAGAUAUUGAAUGUCUUUUUAUUUUGAGAUAAAAUUUAUUUUAAGAAUACAUUUUUGAGCUUGAAACAACUGCCUAAAGAUUUGUGUAUAAAGCAAGCGAUAUUACAGAUUUAAAAAUAAAAGAUGAUUAAUCAUUUUAUCUAUCAGUUAAAGCUAGAAGUAGGGAUGAAGUGUUUAAAUUAAGUCCAGGAUAAGAUAUAAAAAAGAUAUGCAAAUAAAUAAAGUAUUUAAUUAAUUUGAAGAUUAGAAACUUUUUAUAAAGAGCAUAAUAAUGUCUUGCUCUUUAAUAAUCCAGUUAAAUUUAGAGUCCUAAGAAUAACAGUCUUUUCGGAGGAUUUAUAUCAAUAUUUGGAAGUAGUUCUUCAAAAAAUGGUAGUCAUACAGAUAGUGAAUAAAAAUAGAAAUUUUGA